AUGCUAGGCCUGGCAUCAGGAAGAUAUGGAGGCCGACUGAGAUGCCCAGACGUGAAGUGCCACGGAUUCACAUUCUUGCGGUUGGACUGCCACCUGGUCAACGUGCACAACAUGGCAAAGGAGGCGAGGACGGCUGUAUUGCUGAGCCAGCGAAAGGUUGCAGUGAAUGAAAGGCUUCUAAAAAUCAAAAUUGAAAAAAAAGAAAUACAGCUGAUUCAGCAAUUGCUGCUGUCCAUCGGCGAGGAACUCCAUGAAGCUGGGAAAGAGGAGGCAGGUCCUUCUGUCCGUGGAGAAGCUGCCUCUGUAGCUACACCACAACCACCUCAGGUAGCCGGGUCACCACCGACUGCUGGCUCUCCCUCACCUGCUGGCUGUCCGCCACCAUACCCGAGUGAGGGCUGCAGCAGUCGGUUGGCUCAGGUUUACCCCCAGGAUGAUCUGGAACUGGGAUUUGAUGCUUCUGAACGCCGAGUCCAUGGCGUCUUGUGGGAUGUGCCCUCCAUUUUCAUAGGCUGCCUGUGUCUUCACAUAAAUGGCCCUGCAACUCAACAACUACAGUCCCGGAGGAGAUUGGACGCUGAAGAGAGGAGUAGACGCGGCAAACAACUUGUUCUCAUUAUACUUUGGAUCGCUGAGACAGCUACGCCAAUAGACCGCAGCAUCUCUGGGAUUUUCACUGUGUGACUGAUGGCACAGAACGCAGGCUCCUGCUGGGAAUGGCUUCUGGAAG